AUGGGCUAUUCGGCGUCGAGAGGGACACCAAAUGGAACUCAGUGCCAAAGAAAACCUCAACUCGACUUGAUCAUUGGCCCGCAGACGAACGGCGAUGUACAACCAAAGCCCAAGAAGAAGCUUAUCCUGAACGCUUUCGUGGAGAUGUGCUCCGGCCACCAAUCUCCCGGUCUCUGGCGGCAUCCCGACGACCGUUCUACGGAGUUCAACACACUCGCCCACUGGACGUCUCUCGCUCAACUUCUCGAACGCGGAAAGUUUCACGGUAUGUUCAUCGCGGACGUUCUCGGAGGCUACGACGUCUACGGAGGACCGAAGAAUCUCACUCCGGCCAUCAAGUCGGGAGCUCAGUGGCCGGUCAAUGAACCUCUCUGCGUGGUGCCGGCGAUGGCGGCGGUGACGAAAAGUCUGGGAUUUGGAGUGACUGUCAGCACGAGUUAUGAGAUGCCGUAUCAUUUGGCGAGGAGGUUGAGUACUGUUGAUCAUCUGAGUGGUGGGCGUCUCGCAUGGAACGUAGUAACCGGCUACCUCGACUCCGCCGCUCGCAAUCUUCUACCCAAGAAAUCGUCCUCCACACCCGAAAAGGACAGUGCUCAACCCACUCAUACCUCCCGCUAUGCCAUGUGCGAAGAAUUCAUGACCGUAGUCUACAAGCUCUGGAACUCCUCCUGGCGCUCCGACGCCGUUCAACUCAAUCGCAAAACAGAAAUCUACACCGAUCCAUCUCUCGUCCGGGAAAUCAAUCACACCGGCGAGUUCUUCGACGUUCCUGGUCCGCAUUUUUGUCAACCUUCUCCGCAACGCACGCCGGUCAUCAUGCAAGCUGGAACAUCGAAAGAAGGGAAAGCGUUUGCAGGGAAGCAUGCAGAGGGUGUUUUCGUAUCCGCUCAUGCACCAGCGAGCGUGAAAGGGAACAUCGCCGGCAUCCGUGCGAAAGCAGUCGAAGAAGGUCGAUCAGCAAGCGAUGUCAAAGUUCUUGCCAAAUUUUGCCCUGUCUUGGGACGUACGCAAGCCGAAGCUGAGGCCAAGUACGCUGAUUACAUCCAAUACGGCGACUACGAAGGCGCACUCGCUCUCUUUGGUGGCUGGACUGGAGUUGACUUGAGCAAGUACGCUGAUGACGAGGAGCUGCGGUAUGUGGAGAGUAAUGCCAUUCGCAGUUAUAUUGAAGGACUGCUGAAGGUGGCACCGGAUGUGAAUGGAGGAAAGUGGACGAAGCGUGCACUAGCGGAACACAUCAUGGUGGGAGGGCUGGGAGUCACAAGCGUGGGCACACCGGAGGUCGUGGCGGAUGAGAUGGAGAGGUGGGUUGAAGAGGGCGAUGUGGAUGGGUUCAACAUUGCAUACGCGCUCAUGCCGCAGACAUUCGAGGACGUCGUAGAGCUGUUGAUACCAGAGCUUCAGCGAAGAGGUAUCUUCUGGCACGACUACACCGUGCCCGGUGGGACGUAUCGGGAGAACUUCCUGGAUUCACCUGGUCAGAAUGAGCCUCUUCCAAAUCAUCCUGCAGGUCAGAUGAUCUGGAGGGCGGUGUCGAAGAGCAAAACGGUCGGGUUCAAGCUGGAUGGAGUGAGCGAGUUCAAGGGUGGUGAGAAGGGCAGGGUGGAGGUCGAAGAGGAGCCGAAGACGGAUGACUGGAUCGAUCCGGCGGCCAUGCAACUCUGUUGA